CAUCUGGUACCCAGGCCACACAGCAUCCACUGUCCUGGGUCACCCUGCUGUCAGGGAGAGAGGGCUGAGACCUCCUAUCGGGACUGGGCUGCUACAGCCCCGGGUGAGUGCUGGGAUAGGAUUGGGAGCACACUGCUGGCUGGCAUAAGUCGUGAGCACUUGAGUCUGGGUGGGGUUUCAGCUCCUAUUUUAAGUUGCAAACGUUGCCGUUUUCUGGGAGGGGCUAUGUGAGGGCCAGCACGCGUCUGCAAGAGAACCCUGGAAGCAGGGGCUCAGCUCGGCACACAUCACCCCUCUAUCCAGUACAGGGUGAUUUGAGUGUGUGGUCAUGUGACCAAACCAUACACUACUUAAAACACUGUGUGGUUUGGAUGACUUCAGGCCAGUUCCUGUUUCUCCUCAUGAACUGUAGGUUUCUGUGCUGGCUGGGCUUCACCGAGCAGAGCGGCAGACAUUAGGCCAGACGGAGCAGAAACCCAGCUCCACAGCAGCCUCCUCCGUCCUGAAGCUCCCGGCCUCAGGGCAGCAGGAGCGGCCUCCACACAGGGGUGUCAGCUCUCCAAGAUGGGCUCCCACAACAUGUCCUGGAUCCAGUACCCAAGCCAUGUGUCCCCAGCUGUGGAGGACGUUAUCGCUACACAGAGCAUCAUCUCCAGAUGCACACACGUGUACGUGGCUCUGUGUGUCCCGCUGAGCUUGGCUACUGGUCUCUUCAACUUGACCACGUUUGUCCGCUGCCGAGCCAAGCUGGGAGUGCUGGACAUGCAGCUCUCAGGUCUCACUGUCACCGGCAUCCUCAUGACCCUGCUGUCACUCAGCGCUGCCAGCAGGCCCAACUACAUGCUCACCACAAACCUGGGCUGCGGGGUCCUGUCUUUCUUCGCCAAUGUCUGCUACUUCACUGCCCAGUACCUGCAGGGGGCCAUGCUCAUCCUGACCCUCUUGCCGGGCUCCUCAUGCCAUCUGCUCUGGGGAAUCCAGGGUGUCCUAAGCUCUGCAGCAGGCCUGGCCACCAUUGGGGGCUGUGCCAUCUGCAGCUCACUGAUCGUGGUGGCCCUGCUGGGCACAUCUGGAGAGCUGCACAGAGCCACCCUGUGCCAGGUGGACCCGCUGACCACUUGGCCGGAAUAUGAAAUUGUCAAGUUCAGCCUGGGCUUCGGGCUUGCCCUGGCCUUCAAGCUCAUUCUCUUGGUCCUAUGUGCCACUCAACCAGCCUGGCGGGCAGCUCCAGCCCAGAGGGACAUAGCCUCUGCCCGUGGUGUGGUGCUGACUGUGGUUCUGAACAUGUUUGCCUGCCGACUCUUCUACAACAUGGCGCUCCUCCAGCGGGCGGGGCGGAAGCUGCAGAGGGACAUGGGCUCCCCAAGGGAUGAGCUGCUCAUGAACCUGGCAGAACUAGUCCUGUUCGGGGAGAGCUGCAUCAACGCCCUGGCCACCCUCCUUCUGCACAAACUCUGCAGGCUUGCACUGAUGGGCAUCCUGGGGCACCUCACCCAGAGGUGCAGAGGCCGGGGGGUCGACAACAGUGUCUCCCUGCACAGAGUGGCAAGCUAGAACCAAGCCACAUGGGCGCAUGGCACACCAGGCCUCUUCCAGGUGCUCAGGAAAGACUCACUUGCAGAGAACACAGGCUAGGCCCUUCUGUGAAGAUGCCACAGGGCAUGUGCGUGUUUGGAAAGUUCAUUAAUAUGGUGGCUUUAGGGCCUUCCACUGUCCAAGAAAAAGCACCAUGGUUCCACCAGUAACAGCCAGGCAUGCAAUGAUGAGGGGCAGGAACUGGGCAUUGCACACUUGGCCUGACAUCUUCCCCAGAACUUCUAGGCCAUAACAUGCUCUGUUCCUCGUGCUGUUGCUGUUCAACCCCCCAGUACUGCCAUGACAUCUGGACAAUGGAAAUCUGACCAGGGACAGAGAGGGUCUGUUUUCACAUCUGUCAUCACCAUCUAGCUCUGUGAUUGUCACUUACAGGCUGAGAAGCACUGCAACAACUGGACUGAAGCUGGCACCUGCAGCAUCACAGAGCAGGUAGGUAGAGACACCUGGACCUUAGUCUGGUGGGAAGGGAACACCGCAUUGCCCAUAUGAAGAUCUGUGGACAGGCUGGGGGCAUGAGCUCGAGGCUCCUGUCCCACAGCUGCUAGCCAUCAUUCCUACUGGAUUUUUUUUUUUUAAAUCAAGAUCUUCUUGUUGAAUAGAGAAAAGAUCUACACCGAGGCCUUAAUGAAGUCUAUGGCUGCCUAGCUUCAGUCUUAUUUAAUGACAGUCUGUAACUUAAUAAAAAUGGUGAGCUUCUUGUCCAUGUUUACAUAUCUGUAUCAUUUCUUCAGAGAAAAAGAAUUCUGGAUCUUAACCAAUUAAGCAGCUUCAGCAAUGUCCUAUGGACAUUUCUAAAUGCUUUUGAAAGACCCCCUUGCUAUUUCUCCCUCCAUUCAUUCAUUCACCUUCAUGGCAACGUGUGUGUGUGUG